AUGAAGUGGACCGUGGCCUUCCUGGGCCUCCUUGCCCUCACCGGCGCGGCUCUGGGUGAGACAACUCACAACCGUCGCAGCAUCACGGGGGAUGACGUCCAGCAUGCCCUGACCGACUUCAUCAACAGCAUUCGCACCGAGCUGCACUCCAAGGACACGCAUGAGUCCUCCCGCCGUCGCCUGCAGAGCUGGACGUUCGCAGAGAACAUUCAUGCCUUCUUCAAGGACGUCCUGGGGUCCGCAUGGGACAAGUUUGUGCCAGACGCAUGGAAGGAUGCCGGCUUCUCAUGGUCCAAGCUGGGUGACUUUGAGUACACCAGCAACCUGCAGACAUUCCUGUCGGAGACCAACCUGAACACGCUUGCCAAGCCGCAGACCCUGGCCCAGCUGCACAGCAACCUGGAGAAGCUGGAGGAGACCUUCUGCACCCCCGAGGAGUACGUGUUUGUGCCCCCGUCACUGACGCCCAGCUCCUGCACCGGGCCCAGCAUCACCCUGUCCUACAUCCCCAAGAAGUGCGUUGUGAACGAUAUCGCCAAGCAGAUCCUGUGCACCACACCCAAGCUGAUGCUGUACAAGUUCCCCGGCUCCUGCUCCCACAAGCACUGGACCCCCACCACCUGGACCGGGAAGGAGUGCAAGAUCGCGGGCAAGGUCGGUUUCACCCAGGAGGUGAUCAUCGGGGGCGGGGAGUACACCAUCCCACUGUCCGGCGAGGACGACGACUAG